UCAGGAACUAUGGUCUUGAUGUUACUUCCCAAGCCAGGAGUCAUGACAAGAUCUAUGGUGCUUCAGGUGAUGUUAAGAAUUGUGUUUCACUCCAGCUGGGUGUUGUCUUUUCCACAGCCUGUGCCAAGAGUUUACUUGCCAUUUGAAGAACUGCAGGCUACACAGUCAUUUCAGAGCUUCAGUUUGUCUGAAUACCCUAUGGAUUACAGGAUUUUGUUAAUGGAUGAAGACCAGGAUCGUUUAUAUGUGGGCUGCAAAGAUCAUAUUCUCUCAAUGAACAUCAAUAACAUUACUCAGGGGUCUUUAAAAGUAUUUUGGCCUGCGUCAAGCAGCAAAAUCGAAGAGUGUAAAAUGGCUGGUAAAGAUCCGACGCAUGGUUGUGGAAAUUUUGUGCGUGUGAUCCAACCAUACAACCGCACUCAUUUAUUUAUCUGUGGCACUGGAGCAUUCAGUCCUGUAUGUGCUUAUGUUAAUAGAGGCCGAAGGUCUGAAGAACAAGUAUUUUAUGUUGACUCCAAGGCUGAAUCUGGAAAAGGGAGGUGCUCUUUCAAUCCCAAUGUUAACACAGUCUCAGUUAUGAUCAAUGAAGAGCUCUUUUCAGGAAUGUAUAUUGACUUCAUGGGAACAGAUGCUGCCAUUUUUAGAAGUGUUACCAAAAGAAACGCAAUAAGAACAGACCAGCAUAACUCAAAGUGGCUGAGUGAACCUAUCUUUAUUGAUGCACAGCUGAUUCCUGACGGCUCAGAUCCCAAUGAUGCUAAACUAUACUUCUUCUUCAGAGAAAGACUGACAGACAACAAUGGAAACACUAAACACAUUCACACCAUGGUGGCUAGAAUAUGCCCAAAUGACAUUGGAGGUCAGCGCAGUCUGGUGAAUAAGUGGACAACAUUUCUCAAGGCCAGGCUGGUGUGUUCAGUUGUGGAGGAGGAUGGCACAGAGACAUUUUUUGAUGAACUGGAGGAUAUAUUUUUGCUGGAAACAGAAAACCCUAAGAAUCUCUUAGUUUUUGGGGUUUUCACAUCUUCAAGUUCAGUGUUCAGGGGCUCAGCAGUGUGUGUUUACAAUAUGGCAGAUAUCCUAACUGUAUUUAACGGCCCAUUUGCGCACAAAGAAGGCCCAAACCAUCAAUGGGUUGCAUACCAAGGCAGAAUUCCUUACCCGAGACCUGGUACAUGCCCUGGAGGAGCCUUCACACCAAAUAUAUUGACGACCAAGGAUUUCCCAGAUGACGUAGUUACAUUCAUUAGGAAUCACCCUGUCAUGUACAAUCCCAUCUACCCAAUAAACAAGGAACCACUUGUUGUGAGAAGUCAAGCAGAUUAUAAAUAUACAGCAGUAGCAGUCGACCAAGUAAUUGCUGCAGAUGGAAGAUAUCAUGUGUUGUUUCUUGGAACAGAUAAAGGAACAGUCCAGAAAGUGAUUGUCCUUCCAACUAACAGAACACAAGAGAAGGAGCUUAUCUUAGAAGAGCUGGAAGUCUUCAAGAAUCGUGCUCCUGUCACAACUGUGAGAAUCUCUUCCAAAAAGCAACAACUGUAUGUGAGCUCAGAUUAUGGUGUGACCCAGAUGUCUCUGCACCGUUGCGAUGCUUAUGGCUCUGCCUGCGCUGACUGCUGCUUGGCCAGAGACCCUUACUGUGCCUGGGAUGGAAAGUCCUGCUCCAGGUUCUAUCCUAUGGGAAAAAGGAGAAGCCGAAGACAGGAUAUAAUACAUGGGAAUCCCUUGACACAGUGUAGAGGAUUUAAUCUUAAAGCUUACAGAAAUGCAGCAGAGAUGGUGCAAUAUGGAGUGAGAAACAAUACAACCUUUUUGGAGUGUUCUCCAAAGUCACCACAGGCAUCUGUGAAAUGGUUAAUACAAAGAGAAAAUGACAGAAGGAAAGAGGUCAGGCUAAAUGACAGAAUUUUAUCAACGGAGCAUGGAUUGCUGCUUAGGGCUUUACAAGAUACAGACCAAGGUCUUUACUACUGCCUAGCUACUGAAAAUAACUUCAAACAAACUGUGGCCAAAAUAAAGCUGAAAGUGUUGAGCACAGAGCUGGUGUCAUCUCUUACUGAUAAAAAAUCCCUCUGGUCUUGGGCAAGUUCUUUGAAUGGCUUACAAUCCCAUUCUAAAGGCUUCAUUGAGAUGUUUAGUCAUACUGAAAUGCAAACCAUCAACCGGUACUGCAAGGAGAACAGGCACAGGGAGAGACUUGGGAGCCUGAGAGGAGACCUGGGCAAACUGAAGCCUCUUCUGGACCAUAGGAAAAGCAGAAACAGAAGAAACAAUUUGCCUGGAUUAUAGACUGGGCCUGGGGUAUCAUUAUGAUCAUGAUCAAAGCCCAUAAAGUAGCCAGUGGAGUUGUUAACAAAAGGAAAUGAGGCAACAAAAUACUUUUCUAGUCUCAUCUGGAUAAGGAUGAGAUAACAUGUGAGACUGUGAUAAAAGAGACCAAGUGUGCACAUUUCACUGCACACUGUUAUCGAAUCAGUGCUUUAUUUCUAUAGGCUGCACACCAAGGCUUAAGAGAUACUGAACAAAUAUAGAAUUGUACGUGUUGCAGAUGUGUAAAUAAAUCAACUCCAAUUCAGGUAAUGUUUAAAUGUCUACUGGAAAGUUAGUGUCUAGGGCAUCCUGCAGAGUUAAACUAUCACUUCUAAUCCCCCAAAAAUGCAGACUUUGACUGUAGCGUAACAUGAAAAAGUUGUUUGGAAUUACUCUGUGGAUUGUCUUUUUAAGAGACCACAAAGAAGAGAUUUUCAGGAUCAAAGCAAAUGACAAAACAAUAAGGGUUUUAUUUAUAUAUGUAUAAAUACAUUGGUUAGAAAAGUUUCAUGUUUGGUGUAGUUAUUAGUAGGCACUUUAUAAUACCUUGUUGGCAUGCUUUAUGAAAAUACAGUAGAUGCUUUAGUAUUUUAUAAUACCUUGUAUCACAAUUAUAGAUGCAUUCUUUAAUUGUUAUUUGUUAAAGAUUCUAAAAUGUGUUACUAUUAAUGAGCAUGCUAUUUCCAUUUUAUAGCUAAGAAACAUUUAUAGCACUGUAAGUCAAACUGAAUGUACCAUUGAAUCUGCAGGGCAUUCCUUUUAACAAACUGUUUCCUUUUUGAAGAAUAUUAUUUCUUUAAAUAUUUCGUGAAUCAAAGCCUUUCACAUCAAAAUUUUAGAACUUGCUUCCAAAAAAGACAAACAUUGAAAAUUUUAUUUAAUAUCACAAAUAAUGAUGUAACAGGUGGCAGCACUUAUACCAUGUGCUUUUAUGUGCCAACAGCCUAUAUAUGUGCAGACGGAUUGUUCUUCAGAACAAAGCAACAUGUUAAAAAUAAACCAACACAUGUCCUUAAUACCCAGCUGCCAAGCAGGUGUAUUAGAAUUUGGUUUCUAUUAGAACAAACUUAAUGGAAGACUGCUUACUUUUGUCAUUCUUUUGUAUUGAAAUUGCUGUUUCUGAACUAUGAACAUUUUAAUUUAAAAAAUUCAAUGCUAAGUUUUUAGUGUUUUAGGUCAGCUUCCCACCUUUGUGUUUAUUAGCAUAUUUGAAGAUAUGAAAAUGUGAAGAAGGAUUGCUCCACCACUGAAAAUAUUCAUAUACAGUAAAAAAAAACAAAUUUUACUUUUACAUCUCUUCUUCUGAACUGAAUAUGAUCAAGCACAUUUGCAAACAGCUAUAAAACAUCAAUCUUUUAUAUAAAGGUUUUUAUAUUCAAGUGUUUUUCUGUUCUAUAUAUUUUUGGGUAAAUGUACCUUAUGGUAUUAGAGAUAAUGUCAAUUUUGUUGUUAAUUUGAUUACUGUUAUUGUAUUCCAUAUUUUACAUUGCCAUAAUGUAUACACUAUAAUAUUCAGUACAAGAUGCACAUUUUCAGUUUGCAUAGUUAAAAAAAGUCAGUAUUUCAAAAAUGUAAUCAAAAUGCCCAUGGUUUAUUUGCUGUUUUAAAAUGAAUGACGAUAUGUAUAAAAGGUCUUGAAAUGCUGCUUACCUGUAUAUGCAUAUAUGUUUUUUUCAGUUUUGUGUUAAAUCUCAGAGGCCCUAUCAUUAUUACUAAAGUACAAGAAAAUAUGAUGAUAAUUGUACAGAAUACAAAUAGUUUUAUUUUCUAAUUUGAAUCUGUAUUUGCUUUUUUAUCAGGACUAGUUUAUAUGUUAUUUUCAGAAUGUUCUAUUUAAAGUCUUCCCAUUGUAAACGUUUUGAUUAUAGUGUAUAUAAUUUUAAUACAGUAUUUUCAAUCAAUCCAUACUCAGAUCCGCACAUAACAGAGAAACAUUUUUUGAAUGUUUUAAAAAAAAACCUUACCUUUUUUUGCUGAAUAGUCUGUAAGAUUGGUGCCUCUGCAUCACAUAAUGUGUAAUAUAAUAUUUAACCCAGAUUUCCAUCAUGAUGAAACUGCCUUUACAGUGAAUAUGUUUGUGUUAUUUUUUGUAUUAUAAGUAUUAAUAAAUUCUACAAAGAUUAUCAUAAUUUAAAGUUGUAAAAAUGAGUGGGCUGAUAAAAUAAAAUAUUAUAUUAUUAUUAU